CAGAUCAGGUUAAAUUCGGUUGAUAUGUAAGGUUUAAUCAAAUUUAGUUAGAAAAUUUGAAAGUAUAUGAAAAAUUAUUGAAAAUUUGUGCAAUCUCACGAAUUCAGUGUCAAUGAAAAAUUGGAAGGAAGGAAAGGAAAUCUGAUAUUUAUCUAUCUUAAAAGAGACGUAUGUUUAUGAAAAAGUUAUCAGAUUUUCUUUCAGAUUAAGUAAAAAUAUGCAUCCACAUAUAUACACAUACACACACACAAUGUUUACAGAUAUUCUGUGAUACGAAUUUUCUGAGCUACAUACAUCUAGACGUAUGUAAGAAUAUCUAUAUAUAUAUGACGAUUGUUGUAGGCAUCUGUGGUUAUAAAUUAUCGAUAUAUGAAUUAUUUUGAAAAAUGAGGAUUGCUGUAGAGGGUUGUACACAUGGUGAAUUAGAUAUUAUUUAUGAGACUAUACAGGAGAUUGAAAAAGUGGAUGGGAGAAAGAUAGAUCUGCUAAUUUGUUGUGGUGAUUUUCAAGCUACCAGAAAUUUAAGUGAUUUAGAAUGCAUGGCAGUACCAGACAAAUAUAAGGAUAUAUGUACAUUUUACAAAUAUUAUUCUGGUGAAAAAGAAGCUCCAGUAUUGACAAUUUUUAUUGGAGGCAAUCAUGAAGCUUCAAAUCAUCUACAGGAGCUACCUUAUGGAGGAUGGGUUGCACCCAAUAUCUAUUACCUUGGCUAUGCUGGUGUGAUACAAGUGGCUGGUAUCAGAAUUGCUGGACUUUCUGGCAUUUAUAAAAGUCAGGAUUGGAUGCAAGGGCAUCAUGAGAAGCCUCCUUAUACAUUUAGUACUAUACGAAGUGUAUAUCAUGUUAGAAAUUUAGAAGUAUUUAGAUUAAAACAGCUCUCUGGUAAGAUCGAUAUCUUCCUGUCUCACGAUUGGCCAGCAGGAAUAACAAAAUAUGGUGAUGAAGAUAUGCUAUUGAAACGAAAACCAUUCUUCAGGAACGAUAUAGAGAACAAUAUACUUGGUAGUCCACCAUGCAUGGAGCUAUUGGAGCAUCUCUAUCCGUCCUACUGGUUCUCCGCGCAUCUGCAUUGCAAAUUCGCUGCUAUCGUUCCGAAAAAAGGAGAGGAGGCGUGUGUGACCAAAUUCUUAGCGUUGGACAAGUGUCUGCCGAAGCGCAAAUUCCUCCAAGUGUUGGAAGUGCACUCACAGCAAGGCGAUCCUGUGCAGUUGAGCUACGAUCUGGAAUGGUUGACGAUACUGUACCUGACGAAUCAUCUGUUGAGCGUCAAGAAUAGUAUACAUUACAUGCCCGGCCGUCACGGCAGCGGCAGAUGGAUAUACACGCCAACCGCGAAGGAGAGGCAGACCGUGUACGAAAAGUUCGAUUCUAACUUGCGAAUACCACUUAAUUUCACUCGCAAUGUUCAGCCGUAUAAUCCGUCGAUCGACACUCAGAUCGAACAGCCACAGCUACUGAUAAAUGAUCAAACCACGCGAUUCUGUCAAACGUUGGGAAUUGACGAUCCAUCUGCCUUACUGCAAAUCAUUGCGAACAGCAAGGGCCACAGUAGAUCGGGCGAGAUGUCGAUGGAUAUGUCCUCCGUGGAGCCCAUGGAGAUUUCGACGUUGUUAGAUGAAGAAAACAUGCUCUUGAGUUCCUUUGAGGAUCAUUCGAGUAAAUAUUUGAGCGGUGAUGUCUCGCCCACGAACUCAUCCUCCAAAAGCAACAAUGGUGACGACGAACAUGAUGACUCAGUUGACGUGAACACGAGCGAAAGCGUUUUAGACGAUAGCAUUGCCAAUUCCACGACGUUCGUGGAUUCCGCCUUCGCGGACGAUAGUAAUGGACAAUGUGUACAAAUUGAACCAAAUUGCAAGAAAUUCAAACGUCGGAAUUAUUCUAUGUACUCCAACACACUCCAGAUAAUUGUGUAUGAGGAUAUUGUAAGCUUUCAACAGUCAACAGUUCUGGAAGCAAAAAUGGACAAAUUAACUAUCAUAUCAGGGAUAUUGUUUUUAGCUGCAGAUAUCUUUGCUAUAGCUAGUCUGGCUAUGCCAGAUUGGAUUAUCACUGAUGUUGGAGGUGAUACAAGAUUAGGUCUCAUGAUAUCAUGUAUGACUUUGUACAAUAGACCACAAGUUUGUUAUAAGUCAGAUUUACAAUCAGAAUGGUUGAUGGCACUGGUUUGCAUAUUUGUUGGUUGUAUUUUAAUAACAGCAACUAUAAUAUUAUUAGUUAGUUCGCAUUGGGACCGUAAUGUCAUCCCAUAUGCACGUUGGGUAGGAUUUGGUGCCAUGGUGCUAUUUUGUCAUGCAGCAGUUAUAUUUCCAAUGGGAUUCCAUAUUGAUGAAAUUGGUGGGCAACCUUACCAAUUACCAAAUUCGCAUCAAGUUGGAAUUUCUUAUAUUUUGUUUGUCUUAGCUCUAUGGAUCACUGUAAUUUCCGAACUUUUUGCAGGUAAAGUUUGUCUGCCACAUUUUUAGCAUUAUCUUACAAUACGAAUAUUUCACGGUUAUGUUUUGUUAACAUGUUCACUUCUAUUAUGUGGUAGUAUCUAUUUCUUUAUUAUGUAGAUUAGUAUAUAGAAUCAUUUAUAUUCCAUAAAACUAUAUUGUAAAGAUGUAAACAUUAAAUUCUUGUUUUAUAUGGUAAUUAUAUUAAAAUGUUACAGAAAUCUGUUAUAUUUACCUUCAGUUCGCGUGUCAUGUAAUAAAUACGAGAUUAAUAUAUAUAUAUGUGUAUGUAUAUGUGUGUAUGUAUGCAUGUAUGUAUGUAUGUGUAUAAGGGAUAAAGAUAUAUAAGAAUAGCAUUAAGAAUAGGGAAUGAUACAGAAACUGAUUGUAAUUUUAAGAGGAGAUAGUGAAUAAUUAAACAGUGAUAUUAUAUGUACACAUGUAUUUGACAAUAUAUACAUGUUUUAAUCGUA